CCCGGCGUGCCGGCCCGCAGAAUGGGGCGAGUGGUCGCCGCAGGCCCCGGGAUGCUGAGUGUCGGCCCUUUCCCCGCAGCCCACCCAUGCCCGGCUGCGAGCUGCCCGUGGGCACGUGCCCGGACAUGUGCCCGGCCGCUGAGCGCGCCCAGCGGGAAAAGGAGCGCCGCCUGCACCGCUUCGAGGUGGUGCCGGGGUGCCGCGGGGACCAGCCCCGGGCCGAUCCGCAGCGCGCCGUGAAGGAGUACAGCCGGCCAGCCGCCGGCAAGCCCCGGCCCCCGCCGAGCCAGCUGCGGCCCCCGCGCGUGCUCCUGGCCGCGGUGCGCUACCUGGCCGGCGAGGUGGCCGAGCGCGCCGACGCGUCCCGCGCCGAGGUGGCCAGCUUCGUGGCGGACCGGCUGCGCGCCGUGCGGCUGGACCUGGCCUUGCAGAGCGCGGGCGACGCCGAGGCGGCCGUGGUGCUGGAGACGGCGCUGGCCACGCUGCUGGCCGUGGUGGCGCGGCUCGGGCCCGACGCGGCGCGCGGGGCUGUGGACCCGGGGCUGCUGCAGGCCCAGGUGCAGGAGGGCUUCGGUUCGCUGCGGCGCUGCUACGCGCGGGGCGCCGGGCCGCACCCCCGCCAGGCCGCCUUCCAGGGCCUCUUUCUGCUUUAUAACCUGGGCUCUGUGGAGGCUUUGCACGAGAUUCUGCAGCUGCCCGCCACCCUGCGUGCCUGCCCGCCCCUGCGCACAGCCCUGGCCGUCGACUCUGCCUUUCGUGAGGGCAACACUGCCCGUCUGUUCCGACUGCUCCGGACCUUGUCCUACCUGCCAAGCUGCGCCGUGUGUGGCCACGUGGCCCGUGCCCGCCGCAGAGCCCUGGCCCGCCUUGCUCGCGCCCUGAGCACCCCCAAGGGCCAGACCUUGCCCCUGGGCUUCCUGGUGCACCUGCUGGCCCUGGAUGGACCCGAGGAGGCACGGGACCUAUGCCAGGCACACGGGCUGCCUUUGGAUGGGGAGGAGGGAGUUGUGUUCCUGAGGGGUCUCUACAGGGAGGAGGAGCUACUCUGUCCAGGGGCCUGCCAGCUGUUGGUGGACAGCAAACUUCGGGGGCGCACCCUGGAGGAGGUCAUCAUGGCAGAGGAGGAAGAUGAGGUAGUGGACAGACCUGAGUCCGAGGCAUGAGGAAGGGCCGUGCAGUCCCCAGAGCCCCAGGAAUGGGGCAGAGCACUUAGGAUUCUUUACCGGCGUGAUUCUUGGACAAUAAAAGGGACUUGUUAUAUCAGGA